AUGGACCGGGCAGACGCGCGUAGGGAAGCCAGAGCAGACAGGAGACAGCUCGCACAGAAUCCGUAUGGCUCGCGACCGCCCCGCAAAAAGGUUAGCAAAGUUUUGGUCAAGCCGAGCGGUCUCUGGGGUCUGAUAAAAUCUUGGUCAUUUUUUGGCCAAGGUGAGGAGCAAAACGGUGAUGAUUUGGAGGACUACGAGUCGGACGAGACUGCGCAAGCCGGAACGCAUUCUCAUCCAGAAAACUCGUCAUUCUCGGAUAAUUCAACCUCUGGGACGGAGACAGGAUCCGUGGUGUCCUCCCAGAAUGCCCCGAGCACAGUUGCGCACCAGGUGCGGCCCAGCUUUCGAAGGCACAGGAUGCCUGGUGAAUUCAUACGCGCCUCAUCGCGAACGCCCACUCCCGGGCCCAGAACUACAACUCAUAUGAACGCACUUGCUCAAGCCAUCGCCCAAGAGCAACAAGAGGCAGCCCAAAGCAAAUUCGAGUCUCGUGCUAGCCCCGAUAUCUCUAUCCCAGGCUCCUUUGAGGCCCAGUCAUCAUCCCAGAAAGACGAGGGCAAGGCUUUGGUGAGACUCGGCCAGCCGGAGUCAGAGGCCAAACCAGAUCAGCCAGCCAAUCUUGCGGCACCUGUUGAUGAAUCAGGGCUCAGCGGCUCUACAGACCUUGAUGAACUGGUACCCCCGCCUGUGCCGACCCAUGGACUGCCACCAUUCCGCUCUCAAUUCGCACCACCGGCCGGUAGCCCUAUAUUUGAUCCUAUUCCUCUGGCUCCCAACAAAGGACCGCUAACGGAUGAGGAGAAAGCCGAGUUCCGCAAGAGGAUGGAUGAACGAAAUUAUGAGAUUAGAAAGUUCCUCGACAUUGAUUACAACGAGCUUUACGAACCUGGCGCAUGGGAUGAGCUUCUUCGAUACAACCGCGUUAAAGGCAAGCACGAUUUUUUUACUCCCCCUCCGCCCGAGGAAGGAGAUUUGGUCGACUUUGAUGACGAUCUACCAAAGGAGACUGUAUCUAUAAAGCCUGGUGAAAAGAAGUUUGAUCCGUCCAGGGAUCCAAAUGAAGGGUACACACCAGAGGAACUCAUGGUGAACCCGUAUCAGCGCAUCAGCGCAUUUCGUGGGCGCUCCCGCCAUAUUUUGCGGCGAACGAAUAACCCCCCACCUCGUCCUAAACCGAUACCUCCACCUCAAACGUCUACUCCUACAUCGACAUUUGUUGUGCCGCCGAAACCCGAGACCGUUACCUCAAAUGCCACUUUAAAGCGUCGCGUUUUAUCUCCAGGAGAGAAACAGGUCCUCCCAACGAAGAAGAAAGAUAAGCGUGAGGUUCUGAUGUCCCGUUUGAGUAGUGGCUUGAAUAAGGCAAUUCCGGAGGCAGUGUUGGCCAUGGACAACGACCCAACGGUUGAGAAAUCAGAGCGGGAAGACUUUGGCCUCAUCCCAGGUGUUGGAGUGUACACCUCCCUGAGCACACGGCGCUCUCAACCUCUGUUGGUUGCAACGAAAGGAGCAGUGCUCGAUCCUCCCAAGGCUCGGCCAUCCAAAUACACCAGUUCCACCGAAGGAGAAAUGGAGGUGGAUGAAAACCUUGACAGUCGGUUUAUUAUUUACGCCGAGGGAGAAGAUGCGGAUAUGGCCCAAUCGGAAGAUAUGGAGCAGCUACAAGCGGGCGAAGAAGGUCAGGAGGAUGACAUGGUGGACGAAACCCCUCAACCUCUGCCAGUUGCAAAGAAGGUAAAGAAGCGACCUACGAUUCGAGCACCGGAGAUGCUCAGGCCAAAGAACUCGUUGCACUCGCCGAUUAAUCCAUCACCUCUACGCUUCAUGUCCAAGUUUUCUCCGGACAGUCCUGAAGCGGUUCCCGUAGCUCCUCUCCCCGGGAGUGCAAUGCAAGAAGACAACGAGGACAUCCUGAUGAUGGAUAGGCUGCCGGGAUACAGCCUGCGCAUAUACUCGUUUGCACCUGGCUCCCUUGCUUCUAUUAAACCAACGCGAGCAUUGAUGUUGGCAAAGGAGAGAGCGAAGACUUUGUCCGUUCACACCCUGCCCGACUACCCACUUGCCCAACAAGUCCCGGCCAAACGAUCGAGUCGACUCCGCGAGAAAGGCCUUUCUCCUCCUAGAAGGCCACCACACUCUCUGCGAGGUGUCGGUGUCUCACCGAAGCGGGUGAACGGCACUGCAUCUUCGACAGCCAACACACCAUCAGCUGAAGUGGCGAAGAAUUCGUCCUCAGCCUCUAAUGGUGUUCCUCCCUUGCGACUCCCCCCAGCACCGAAUACGAAGCUGCCCCCUUCACAAGCCUCAGUGGUCGAUCUUGCUACGCCGCUACCUUCACAAAAGCAAUCGCGAUUGCAGCCCGCGGCGUCUCCACACACCCGGACCAACGAAUGGGCAUCUGCGGGCUUGCAAAAACCACAAAUUCAACCCACCAGUGUGCCAGCAGCUGCACCCACGACCAGUGGGUUCAAUUGGGGAGCUGCUGGCAUCAAAGCCCCGUCAAAGUCCUCUGGGUCCUGGACUUGUGACGUCUGUAUGAUCAGUAACGACGCGGAUAAAGAAAAAUGUGCGGCUUGCGAAAGUCCUCGACCUGCAACUUCCGCACCUCCUGCUCCCACGACCAGUGGGUUUAACUGGGGAGCCGCUGGCAUCAAGGCCCCGGCAAAGUCUUCUGGAUCUUGGACUUGCGACGUCUGUAUGAUUAGUAACGAUGCAGCCAAGGAGAAAUGUGCGGCUUGCGAGAGUCCUCGGCCUGCGGCAGCUACACCCGCCGCACCUGCUGCACCAUCAAGUUCGACACCUGUGGUGCCGCCUACCAGUGGAUUCAACUGGGGUGCUGCCGGUCUCAAAGCACCGUCAACGCCUUCGGGAUCCUGGAACUGUGGAGUCUGUAUGGUCUCCAACGAUGCGACCAAAGACAAGUGCAUAUGUUGCGAGACGCCAAGGGGGUAA